AUGGUCGAACCAUCGACAGCAUCAUCAGGCUUGUGGCGUGCUGUGUUACCAAUUUGUAUUAUAUGCGUUCUGUAUUUAAGCUCUUUUUUCCUAUUUGUUUGUGCGACAAACUCAUUAAUCUACUCAACCGUAUGUCUUCUUCGAGCUAACGCAUCAUUUUGUGCUCAGAUCGACCAAAAUCAAUCAUUUCAUGCUUUACAAGAAUCAAUUCAAAAAGAAAGUUCACAAUGGACUCUCUAUGGUACUUUAUCAUUCUCAAUCAUCGCUUGUAUUCUUUCUCCUAUUUAUGGAAGUUUAUCUGAUACAAAAAAUCGUAAACUGCCCAUUGUCUUAACGAUCUUUGCUAACAUUGUCAAUGGUUUCGGCGGCGGAGCAUUGAUACUGAUUUCAUCGUGUUUUGGUUAUGCUACUGAUCCUUGUACAGACAAAGACCAACAAGUUCAAACUAUUGCAUUGAUUGAAGCAUCAUUGAAUAUUGGCGUUGUUAUUGGUUAUUUACUAUGCACAUUUAUUUUUGAAGUACAUGCUCGCAUUUGGCAUAUUUUGCUAACACAUGUUCUUCUUCUUGUUCUCACACUCAUUGUUAGUCUUGUUUUCCUUCGAACUCGUUCAGUGGCUCAAGCGUCAAGGAUUAACUUGCGACAAAAGCUCAUGCGUCCUCUAGUUGAUACUCAUGAUUUAUUCGUUGGUUUAAGGCAAAAUUCUCUGCUCGUAUCAUUUCUCAUACUUUUGAUCGCACUUUUCUUCUAUGAUCUCUUUCGUAUGGGCUCGUCGUCAAUUAUUUAUUUGUAUUUACAUCAAAUGUCAUUUGAUGACGCACAUUACGCAGCAUAUUUUACAUUUGAACAGUUAGCAACUUGUUUAGCAUUGAUCAUCUUGGCGGUAAUGAGACGACGAUGGAAUGUUAAUGAUCUUUAUCUCGCCUGUGUUGGUCUAUGUCUUUCUUUAGUUGGACCAUUUCUAUUUGCAUUCGCAAGAAAUAAUAGAGCAAUGAUUUUCGGAGCAAUUCCAUCUUCGAUGUUUUGUAUUUAUUUUUCCGUAUGCUUAAGAUCUGUUAUUGCACGAUUAGUGCCUGAACAAGAUAAAGGCAAAGCGUUUGGUUUUGUUGCAUUGAUACAAAAUCUCGAUGUCGUAGUUGGUACAAUUACAUGUGUGGAAAUUUAUCAAGCUUCAAUUGAUUUUUUUCCUGGUCUUGUCUUCGUUUUUGCUGCAAUCACAAGAAUACUAGCAUUAAUUCUCAUUUUAACACAAGCUAUUUGUAUUACUCGAACACCUCAAUUAGCCAUAGCCACGCCUGUGGAUGAAAGUGAACAACCUAUUUUAGAUACUGAACCGAAUGAAACUGAUGAACAGUUAGUUCAUGCAUAA